AUGACGAUGGAGGUGCUCGAGUCGGGCUCGACCCAGAAGCGCAAUCGAAACGAGACCCUGGAAGCGUUUCUGUCGCGAGUGACCCACAUUGCACUCCACAACAAGGGCAUCGAGAAGAUGGAAAACCUCAGCAUUUGCAGGCACCUGUCGGUUCUCUAUCUCUACGACAACAGAAUCACGGAGAUCUCUGGGCUUGAGGGCUGCGUGAAUCUCGAGCGCUUGUAUUUGCAGAACAACUGCAUCACAAGGAUUGACAAUCUGAGCUUUGGCCUGCCCAAACUCAAAGUCCUACACUUGAGCCACAACCAGAUCCGCGUUCUCGAGCACCUCGCAAACCUGCCCAUGCUAGAGGCGCUGCAUGUGGAUCACCAGCGGUCCGACGGCCCGUUUGAAAUCGAUGACGACUGUAUGGCCGAGCUCGGCAAAACGCUCAAAACUUUGACCCUCAGUAGCAACCGGAUCACGAGCAUCCGCUCGCUCGUCCACUGCCAGGAGUUGAUGGAACUCGUGUUGGCAAACAAUCAGAUCCAAGACUGGCCGGAGCUUGAGAGCGUACUGUGCUCGUGCAGCGCCUUGAUCAAGUUGGACAUUACUCAGAACCCGAUAUGCCAUAUGAUCAAGUUCCGCCCCAAGGUGAUCUUGGCCGCGACCAAUCUCGUCACGCUCAACGACAAGGAUAUUCCUGACAUCGAGCGCCAGUUCUUGCAGUCCAUGGAGAUGGCACAACUGCAUCGACGGGCACGUUUGGGCUCUGGACCGACAGGCGAUAUGCUCCAGGGGCUCACCAGCCAGAUGGAGAUGAUGGGAACGUCAGUUGCUGAGUUUGAGGAACAGCUCUCGAACGACAGCUACGGGCACAGGCCAAUCCCACACCUGCCGCCCUAUGCGAGCCAGUACAGAGAUCUGAUGCUGCAUCAGCUCAACACCAUCUCGAAGCUCCAGAGCCUGGAAAUCACAAACUCGCUGGGCAAACCCGGCACCCGGACGCGGCCCUCUCCUCCGUUUAGUCGGACACUCUCGCAGAGCAGCAUCAACUCGCACAAACUGUCGGAACCCCCAGGACUGGUCUCGGCCGCGCCGUAUCAAACUGCUGCCAUACCGUACCAAGCCGCCACCCUCAACAACUGGAAAAAGCCAAGCUUCCUGGACGCAGGGGAGAAGGUACCCAUGAGUCUGAAAGCUGCGCGUGCUGCCGAGAGGGCAUCGCAGCGGGUGGCUACAUUCGCCUCCUCCAUGGAGAGCCGCGAACGGGAGGUUGGUCUCUCGGGAUCGAGCCCAGCAAAGCCAUAGCCGCCAUCGUU